GCGUGCGUCUUCUCAGGGAAAUGUCAAAGUUCAGGGUGUGUUUGUAGGGCAGCGGCAUGCGUCAGUGACGCUCUUUGACUCCUGAGGUUUCAUCCGUCCAAACGGGAGAAGUCACAAAGCGGCGUCGCCGUCGAGGACCGAGCGGCCCGCGGAGGAGAAGAAGAAGAAGAAGAAGAGGAAGACCGACCAGGUUCAGUAAACGGCUCCCAUGCUGCAUGAGGAGCGUUGCUCUGCUGCAGCCCGCCACUGCCUUUAAGCCCCCCCCCCCCCCCCGCCACAUCUGGAGAGACCAUGUCUGGAGGCUACGACGAGUCCGCCGGCCCGGAGGAGCCCACAGACAGCUUCUGGGAGGUCGGGAACUACAAACGUGCCGUGAAGCGGAUCGACGACGGUCACCGGCUCUGCAACGACCUGAUGAACUGCAUCCAGGAGCGCGCCAAGAUCGAGAAAGCCUACUCGCAGCAGCUGACGGAGUGGUCCAAGAGGUGGAGACAGCUGGUGGACAAAGGGCCUCAGUACGGCACAGUGGAGCGAGCUUGGGUGGGGGUGAUGACGGAGGCGGAGAAGGUGAGCGAGCUCCACCACGAAGUGAAAAACAACCUGACCCUGUUCGACUUUGAGAAGGUGAAGAACUGGCAGAAAGACUCGUACCACAAACAGAUGAUGGGAGGGUUCAAAGAAACCAAAGAGGCGGAGGAGGCCUUUAAGAAGGCCCAGAAGCCCUGGGCCAAGAAGCUGAAAGAGCUCGAGGCUGCCAAGAAGUCCUACCACAUGGCCUGCAAAGAGGAGAAGCUGGCGGUCACCAGGGAGGCCAACGGCCGCGGCGAGGCCUCGGUGACGGCUGACCAGCAGAAGAAGCUCAACGAGAAAGUGGAAAAAUGCAAGCAGGACUCUCAGAAGGCCAAGGAGAAGUAUGAGAAGACUCUGGAGGAGCUGACUAAGUCCACUCCCCAAUACAUGGAAAACAUGGAGGUCGUGUUCGAUCAAUGCCAGCAGUUUGAAGAGAAGAGGCUCAGCUUCCUCAGGGAGGUGCUGCUGGACGUCAAAGGUCACCUCAACCUCACGGAAGACCAAAGCUACGCCGCGGUGUACAAGGACCUCGAACGCACCAUUACGUCGUCCAGCCCGCAGGAAGACCUGAAGUGGUUCAGCAACUCCCACGGGCCGGGCAUGCACAUGAACUGGCCCCAGUUUGAGGAAUACAACGCAGACCUUACCCAUAACAUCUCGAAGAAAGAAAAGUCAAAGAAAGGCAGCGACGGAGUGACGCUGACGAACGUCACAGCAGCAGUGGACCAGGCUCCAGUUGAGGACCGGGGAAGUUUGGACUCUGGGAGCACAGAGUAGACCCGUCGCAGACGACCUGAGGGUUCGUGGCGGGUCAUCAGGAAGCCAGUGUAAAGACCUGAGAACUGGAGUCAUGUGAUCUACUUUCCUGGUCCUAUGAGGACUCGAGCUGCAGCGUUCUGGAUCAGCUGUAGCUUUCUGAUUGACUUUUUUUACAGACAUGUAAACACACUGUUACAGUAGUCGAGUCUACUGAAGAUAAAUGCACCUUUUCUAAAUCUGGUUGAGAUAUAUCCUCUAAUCCUUGAUAUAUUCUUUAGGUGAUAGUAGGCUGAUUUUUGUAACUGUCUUGAUAUGUUCAGGUUGAGGUCUGAAUCCAUAAUUACACUUAGUUUUCUAGCUUGGUUUGUGGCUUUUAACAUCAGUGAUUGAAGCUCAGCGCUGAAUUUCAAUCGCUGAUCCUUGUUACCAAAAACAAUGACUUCUGUUUGAUCUUUGUUAAAAGAAUGUGAAGAAUGUUUCAACCAAUCCAGUUGCUGAUUUGUUCAAUGCAUUUACCCAGCCCCAGUAUUGGAUUGUAUUCCCCUAGUGAUAUAGUUAUAUAGAUUUGUGUGUCAUCUGCAAAUGUAUGUUGCAACAUUUCCAGAGAUAAAAGAAAUCAUCAAUUCACCUUGUCCCACUAUAUCUGGUGUAAUAAGUGUCUUCCAUGUCUCAUUUAUAUUAAGUAGUUGGAGUCAUUUCAAUUAGUUAAUAAUCAUUUUGAAUCUUUUAAACUGUAGUCACAUUAAAAGUAAUAUUAAUUGAAAUGCUGCACAAGUCAAUGCAGCGAUUGCCGCGCCAUCGGGACUUCACACUGCUUGACUGGAACGACUGCACACUGAUGUUCUGCUGAAA